CUCUAGGGUCUUGAAUGAAACUAGGCGAUACAUGGGUCUAAAUAUGCAAAUAAUCUUCGCCAUUACGGAAAUCAAACACCGGCAUACACCCCCAUAAAUCAAUCGCAUAAAUUCCCACAAAUUUAAAGAUCAAUUUCGCUCCCUUCUUUUUCUCCAACCCAAAAAACAAAAAUGGCGACUAAAAUCACUCUAAAUAUCACUUCGAUUCUCAUAUUAGUAUUAGUUUUACAAUCUCUCUUAAUCCUAUCUUUUUGCUCCAAUCAAGACCCAGUGGAUGUACUUAAAGGCAUUGAUAUGGGACAUCCGACUAUUGAUGUUAGCCUCAUACCAAUUCAGGGAUCUUCUAAAGGAUCUAAAGAUGCUGAAGCCUGCCAACGUGUUCCUGUACAUGGCAUCUCCAGGAUGAAACUUCAGAGUUAUGCUAAAGCAUAUCGAGUUAUGCUAGUUCCUUCGGUAGUAAUCCCUGAUAAAUGGCACAAUAGGAUACAAAUUUGUUUUCACGGGAAUGCUUCUCUUGGUUCAUGCCAGUGUGAAAAGGAUGAUUGGAGAACUAUUCAUAAGGGGUUAUGGAGUUCCAUUAUGUCACCUUAUGAGCAAAGAUUUGUUGAUGUGAAGUUUGUUGAUGGCGUUUCCGGUUCUGUAACAGUCACGCUUGAUGAAGUGUCACAAGGAUGGCGCUACAUCUUGCUUAUAAUGGGAAUUGCGUUACUAUUCUUGGCACCUACUGUUAGCAACUGGGUCCCAUUUUACUAUACCAGUUCUAUGGCGAUUGGAGUUUUAGCUGUUGUUCUCAUACUACUGUACCAGGGGAUGAAGUUAUUACCUACUGGCAGGAAAAGUGCCUUCUAUUUAAGUAUGUAUACAUCACUGCUUGGUGCAGGAUCUUUUCUUGUUCACUAUGUCGCAAUGUUUGUCAAUUCAAUACUUGCAAAUUUUGGAUUCAGUCAAGAGAUGCAAAACCCGGUUUCGGUGUUUCUGCUGCUUUCAAUCAUUCUUUUAGGAGCCAGCCUCGGUUAUUGGCUGGUGCGCAAAUAUAUUAUUUCAGAAGAUGGAGAUGUUGAUGAGGACGUGGCCCUAUUUAUAAAAUGGGCUAUGCGUGUCAUUGCAGUCACUUCCAUAUUCCUGAGCUCUAUUGACACUCCAUUGGCAUUGGCAGCAGUCGGGUCAUCUUUGGCACUAUAUUAUGCAAUUAGUUCUAUUCAGUGGUGCAAUGAUGAGGUUCCAACAUCAUCCAGGAGACUGAAGCUGUGGCAACAUAGUGGACAAAAAACACCAAAAGUUGGAGGCGCUGAAUUCCUUAGCCGCCCCAAAAAGUUUAGCCCGUUGGGAAGUCCAUGGGACGGUCCAAGAAAUUCGUUUGCCUGGUCUGACUCCCCAGUCAAAGGUAUAAUCAAUGCAUCAGUAGAUAGAGGGUCACCCGGAAGUCAACAAGAUUUUUACUCGACGUUUCACAAGACCCCAAAUAGAAAGAAGUUCUCCAAGAAAGAAUGGGUGGAAUUCACUGAAAAAUCAACCAGAGAAUCGGUUGCUGAGCUGGCAUCUACCCCUGAAUUCACUGAAUGGAUGAUCAAUAAUGCCAACAGAAUCAAACUCCUUCCCAACAAUGGAUCAGAUGAUGAUGGAAGCGGAUCAGAUUCUACAGAUGGAUAUGGGGUAAAGAAUUCAAAAAGAUCUCGUAUCUUCAGCUGGCGGUAGCUACAAUUCACCGAUUUUCUGGUUUUGGUCGGGGUUGAUGUACUUGCGAUUAUCUUAGAAGUUUUAGAGAUGAAAAUUUGUGUAGCUUCAAGUCUUUGUUCGUCUUCUUGGACUGUUUACCAAGUAGAGUUUGCGGUAAGCUUUCAGUGGAAUGUAUAUAUAGUUUUCAUUGUUUGAUGUAUAAGUCAGUAGUUUAGGCUGAUUUUUACUAGUGACUAUCAUAGCAACAAACCUUACUCAUGUGUUUACUGUUAGAUGAUUAUAAUGAUUUUCUUUAGUGAUAUAAAGUUCAUUUUGACAGGUUUCA